CGCGGGGCCCGACCUCUGAGCCCCCUCUCGGCCCCCGCCCCGCGCCGCCCGGCCUCCCAGUCACCCCCGGGCCCUUCCUCGAGCCUUGCCGCCCAAGUCUCCAGCCCCGCGGGUCCUCGCGCUCCUCACUCGUAGCCUUCCCUGCACCCCCGGAGCCCGUGCAGGCUGCUCUCCCGCUCCCAGGUCUUUGCUUGCACCGUAGGGGCUUCCCGCUGCACCGCCGGGGCCCGUCCCCCGACACCCUUUGCCUGCCUGUCACUCUCGGGGCCACUUCCUGACUCCUGUCUCCACCGUCCUGGCCUUGGAGGCCCUUACCGUGGCCUCCGCUGCUUCCCCCCCAGAACCUUCCACAGCCUUGCCAGGCUCCACUUAGCUCCCCUAGUUCCCUCCUCGAACCCCUAGGGUCUUCCAUGUUCCUCCCCAUCACUUCAGAUCCCCCCAAACCCUACUUGGGACCGCUGGCCCUUUCUCAGACCCGGGACCCCAUACCCACCUUCUGGACGCCGUGAGCUCCCCCUGCACCCCGUAGGUGCCACCCCCACCCCCGGCUCGUCCUCGUGACCCCCCCUCCGUGUGUGAGCCCUCCUCUCCUGCACACCAUACCCCCUGUACCUGGCUUUAUUUGUCUUUUUCUCACAAGCUCCUCCCGGGCUUCAGGCUUUUUCUUAGCCCUCCCCCCCCCAUUCAACCCAGACUUAUUGUUUUGUUUGUUUUUCUCCAGAUCUUUCUCCCAGUUCUUGGAGCUUCUCGUGUCUCUCAGCCCACCCUCCUUGCUUUCUUGUUCUUACAUCGCUCUCUCCCAGGGCGCGCGUCUGUCAGACGCACCACGAUGAGGGGUGCCCGGUCCCUCUGUUCCUCGUUUGAUUUGGUUUUCUGAGUCUAAUUUUUUUUUACCCCUCCUGCCUCCUUCCCUUUUGUUUGACUCGUUUUUUUUUCUCUCCAUUCUGUUUAUUCUCUCUGGUUUGUGUCCCCUUGAGAGAUACCCCUUUGCUGGAAUUCUCAGUCAGGGAGCUGGUACUGGGGAUUGUUUUUUCCCCUCCAGGGUGCCUGGGCCCCACCCACAGCCUUUGGACCACACCCAGAAAAGGGUGACCUUGGAGGGAGGUGGUGAAGACAGACCCAGCCCAGCGAGGGUCACCAAAGGCAGGCUGGGAGCUCAGAAACAUUGGGUUCAUUUUUUCACCUCUCCCUUGCUGAGGCCCCGCUGUCCCGGCUCUCUCCUGCAAUGCUAAGCCUUCGGAGUUAUCUCAGAUUGCCAAUUAACCUGCCUUCCCCCGGGGGUACAAGGGGACUUACCUCCUCAAUGUGGGCUUGGCAAGGUGGUCUGUGUGUGCACGCGACAGUGUGCGCGUCCUGGGGAGGUCGUGUGUGUGUGUGUGUGUGUGUGUGUGUGUGUGUGUGUGUGUGUGUGUGUGAGUGACUGGGGGCCCUGCAGCUGGUUAGCAGGAGGGGAGGGCAGAGCUCGGUGCACAGGGGACAGUGUUUCUCACUGGGUGUCAUUCUUGCUUAGAGCCCUGUGGAGCCAAUAUUGAUACCCCGCCCCCCCUCACCCUGUGCUCUCCUACAGAUAAGCAGGUCGUGGGGCCCACAGACUCCUCACACAGCUGAGGGCCCCCGAGCACAUCCCUGUGCCCUGCUCUGUGCCAGAAGCAGCAUGGUCUUCAGAGCACCAUGGGGCCUGACAGAGUAACAGCCCGUGAACUGUGUGAGAACGAUGACCUGGCCACCAGCCUUGUUCUUGACCCCUACCUCGGCUUCCGCACCCAUAAGAUGAAUGUCAGCCCCGUGCCCGCCCUGCGGCGACAGCACCACCUUCGCUCAGCACUGGAAGCCUUCCUAAGACAGCAAGACCUGGAGGCCACAUACAGGGCCCUGACCCUGGGAAGCUGGAUGACCCACUACUUCCAGAGCCGGGCCCCUCGGCAGAAGGCUGCCUUCAAGACCCACAUUUUUUGCUACCUCCGCGCCUUCUUGCCCGAGAGCGGCUUCACCAUUCUGCCCUGCACCCGCUACUCCAUGGAGACCAAUGGGGCCAAGAUCGUGUCCACCCGUGCUUGGAAGAAGAACGAGAAGCUGGGGCUGCUGGUGGGCUGCAUCGCAGAGCUCCGCGAAGAGGACGAGGACCUGCUCAGGGCCGGGGAGAACGACUUCAGCAUCAUGUACUCCACCCGGAAGAGGAGUGCGCAGCUGUGGCUGGGCCCCGCCGCCUUCAUCAACCACGACUGCAAACCCAACUGCAAGUUUGUGCCCUCAGAUGGGAACACUGCCUGCGUGAAGGUGCUCCGGGACAUUGAGCCGGGGGACGAGGUGACAUGCUUCUAUGGCGAGGGCUUCUUCGGCGAGAAGAACGAGCACUGUGAGUGCUACACCUGUGAGAGGAAGGGCGAAGGAGCUUUCAGGCUUCAGCCCAGGGGCCCGGAGCAGCGGCCGCAGCCCCCGGACAAGUACGAGCUUCGAGAAACAAAGCGCCGUCUGCAGCAGGGCCUGGACAGCAGCCUGCAGAGCCCGCUGGGCCCGGGGGCCUGCUCGCACCUGUCCCCGCUGCGCCGCCGCCGCCUCCUCGACCCGUUGUGCGCUGCCUGCCAACCCCCAUGCCUGCUGCCUCCCAGCCCCCACCUGGACUACCUGCCCCUGUGGCUCCAGAGGAUGCCUCAGCCCCAGCCCAGAGUCCGUCCCCGGAAACGCCGCCGCCGCCGCCCCAGGAUGCGCCGGGCUGCGCCGUCCCCUGCCCCCCCUGCCCUCCCUGCCGUCCGCGUCUCCUUACACCAGUGGGGAGGCUGUGGUCCCCACUGCCGGCUGCGGGCCGAGGCCAUGGUGGUCCUGCCCCCUCUUCCCCAGACCCGCUGGACUCCACAACAGGACUGGUACUGGGCCCGGCGCUACGGGCUGCCUUCUGUGGUGCGCGUUCACCUUACCCGCCUCCCCCCAGCCCUGCCAGCUGCCCCCGCCCCUGCUGGGAGCCCAGCCCCUGUCCCCACCCCCGACCUCGUCCCUAAGCAGGCCCUUGCCUUUGCUCCCUUCUGCCCACCGAAGCGCCUCCGGCUAGUGGUCAGUCACGGCUCCAUUGAUCUGGACAUCGACAGUGGUGAGCCGUGAUGGGCAGCCUGCAGGGAGCCCGGACCGGAGAGCAGUCUCUGGUCUGUCUUGGGACUCCUCCAGAAGGGAAGGAAGGAGUUGACCCUUGCCCCAGGUCUGAUCCCGGGAUUGUGUUGCUUAGGACAUCCCUAGGGAGUUGAUCCUUGUUGCUCUGUGACUGCUGACCCCUGAGCCAACCCCACCCAGGCAAGGAACCCUGGCCAUUUGAUGUUCCGUCCCCACCCCUGCCCCCACCUCACAACUGUAGGAGCCGUCCUCCUCCCUCAGCCUCUUCCUCCCCGGGGAGCAAAGCCAUAAGGGGUGGGGGCCACUCCAUGGCGACUCCCUAGAACUGUGCUCAGGCCUCAGGAGGUGGAAGUGACUUGGGGGUGUGCCCUCCCAAGCCACCCCGCAACAGGGAGCGGGCUGGCUCUCAGCUCUGCAGUUGGAGGCGGGAGCAGUCAGAUGGGGUGGGUGGUACCCAGGGGCGCAUCCUUGGCCCUGCCCCGCGGGUCUCAGGGAGGCCAGGUGUGACCUCAUCUUUCUCACGGUGCUAUCCCUGGUGCUACUGGGGUGUGGGGGAGGCUCCCUCUCCUCCCCACACCAGAAUGGGGUAUGAUGGGGGAUUGGAAGAACUUGAACUUUUUAUUAAAACCUUUUAAGCCCUUA